AUUUUGUUAAAUAUUUUUUGCAUCGUCACGAUGACGCGCAGCUGGUUUUGUUAUUCAAAGAUUGCUCGAACUUCAUUGGCUUAUCAGAGCGUGUUAUUGUUUUGUUAGACGCUUCUAAAAUGGUGAAUAGUGCUGCACGGAGCAGAAACAGAAAGCUGCAGCCAGUUUCGUAAGAGAGAAGCAAAGUAGAGAUUUUUUCAGUUUCAAAAUAAAUGGGUUUACUUAGUGUAGGUACACCACUUUCCUGGGAGGAAACAAAGAAGAAUGCAGAGAAGAUAAAGAAGCAUGGAAUCAUACAAUUUAUUAAUCUUUAUAACAACUUAAAGGACCGACAAAGAGAUACGCUAAAAUGGGGGGACGAGAUUGAAUAUACUUUGGUUUAUUUGGAUCAUGAAAACAAAUCUGCUCGUCUUUUGUUGAAGUGUUCGGAUAUACUGGAAGCUUUGCAAGAAGAUGAAAAUAAUAACCCAGGUCACAAUACCAGUGCUUGGAGAAUGGAAUAUGCGGAUUACAUGAUUGAAGGUACUCCUGGUCAACCAUUUGGUGGUUGCCUUACUCAAUUUAAUAGAGUUGAAGACAGCAUGAGAACUAGAAGAGAAGAAGUUAUGGCAGUGCUAAAUGCAAAUAAUGAAGUUGCUGUUUGUUUUGCUGCUUUUCCAAGAAUUGGGUGUCCUGGCUUUACUGAACCUAUCUGUCCUGCUUCCCCUGCGUUGAAUCCAUCUUCCAACUCUUUAUAUUAUCCUGACCGUGCAAUAUAUCCUAACCACCCCAGGUUUAAGACCCUUACAAGAAAUAUCCGUUUAAGGCGUGGCAAAAGGCAGAUUAUAAAUAUACCAGUGUUCCGUGACGAGAAGACACCCUCUCCAUUCUACCCUGACAUACCAAACGAUGACGGUGAAGGAAAAAUGGCUAUCAAACCUGAUCAUAUUUAUAUGGAUUGCCAGGGAUUUGGAAUGGGGUGUUCAUGCUUGCAGGUAACAUUUCAAGCAUGUAAUAUUCAAGAAGCUCGAAUUCUUUAUGAUCAACUAGCUGUUAUGGCUCCUAUUAUGAUGGCACUGGGAGCUGCGUCGCCUGCAUUUCAAGGUACAUUAGCAGAUAUUGAUUGUCGAUGGGAUGUCAUUGCUGCUUCUGUUGAUGACAGAACUGACGAAGAGCAGGGUUUAAAGCCCUUAAAAGAAAACAAGUUUAAAAUUCCGAAAUCGAGAUACGACUGCAUAGAUAUGUACAUUUCUGAAUCUGGGAAACGGUACAAUGAUCUACCCGUCAAUUAUGAUGAGCAACAUAAACAAAUGUUACUAGAUGCAGGUGUUGAUGAAUUAUUAGCUGAGCACAUUGCUCAUCUGUUCAUAAGAGAUCCAAUCUCUUUGUUUGCUGAAAAGUUGGAUUUAGAUGACGAAGUUGAUACAGAUCAUUUUGAGAAUAUUCAAUCCACAAAUUGGCAAAGUGUUCGCUUUAAGCCGCCACCUCCUGGAAGUAGUAUUGGGUGGAGGGUGGAAUUCCGCCCAAUUGAGGUGCAGUUAACUGAUUUUGAAAAUGCGGCUUAUGUUGUUUUCAUUGUCUUGCUUACCCGGGUUAUUUUGUCAUAUAAACUCAAUUUGCUGAUUCCAAUAUCGAAGGUUGAAGAAAACAUGAGAAAUGCAGUAAAACGAAACGCUGUUCUUCAAGGACAGUUUUACUUUCGAAAAGCGUUAACUUGCUCUCAUCAAAACGAAGAAUUGAUGUCCAUUGACACCAUUAUUAAUGGAAAGGAGAAUGGAUUCCCAGGGCUGAUAUCGAUGAUGAGGAGUUACAUGGAAAGUAUUGAUAUGGAUAUUGACACUGGUUGCACCAUCAGUCAAUACUUGACAUUUAUCAGCAAGAGAGCCUCGGGCAAACGCAAGACUAUGGCGUCUUGGAUGAGAGAUUACAUCCGUAACCACCCGGAUUACAAGAUGGAUUCCCAUGUAUCCGAACGAAUUAUGUACGACUUGUCGGUGAAAUGUGACGGAAUCUCACGCGGUGAAAUCGGGUGCGAGGAAUUAUUCGGAACGCCGAAAACGAAAAGCGUCAAUGUGACUAUGCCGAAAUGUAAAAUUGUCGGUGACGAAGUCGCGAAGCUUACGGAGAAGAUCUUAACCUUGGAAAAUGAAUCUUUGGUGAAGAAAGUGGAUGAUGGGCCUGAGGGAACAGAUUUUGAUAAUCGAAUUGGGAGGGCAAUCAACGUUGGCUUAAUUAACACGGACGGGUCUGUGCAAAUGUGAUACAAGUCUGCGCAAAGAACAAAACAUUGCGAUUGUAAAUAAGAAACUGUGUGGAAAUAAAGAAGAAUAAAAAAAAUGUAGAUAUAUAUUGAAAUUAGACAAACUACUCUGAAUUAUUGUUUUUAUUGUAAUUUUUGUUAAGUAUUUUUAUUUUCGUUGCUUAGUUAUUUUUAAUUUUACAUUUUAUCUUUGUUAUGUUCUUAUUUUUAGUUUUUUUUUUCUAUAUAUUUUAUUGUUAUUAAGUUACUUUAUUUUCCAUUACUUUUCCGAGAUAUAUUUACGGUACCGAUCUCGAGAAAACAAAAGCAUAUCCACGUGACUUUAUAUAUAUCAACUUUGUCCACUGUAACUGUUUUAUCUAUCCAUGUUAUACAACCUAAUUCCCAAACCUGACAGGGACUGAAGCACGCUGUUUAUAAGCGUUGUAUCAUUCUAUGUCGUCCAACCUCGUACCGAAACCUCGCAGUUCCUGGGGGAAAUUGCAGGCGUAUUUUGGCUAACUCGUUCACAAAUCUUAAAGACGCUGGGAAGGAGGUUGCAUAUCAUGUUUUUUAUACUUGUAAAUGAAUUGAAUUUUAAUGUUUCGACUGUCGUGUUCAAACUUUUGAAAUAAUUUUAUGUAUUCUAUGUAAAAUGAUCAUACAUUAUUCAAGAAUAGAGGGAUGAAAAUUA